AUGGCUACAGCUCAAGCCACAUAUGCCGCUGAAACGGCCGUUGGCCGCGGUGACAAUCCUACCGUACACACGGACAUAAGCAAUUACGGGGAGGACGACUUUGGGGACAAGAAUGCACCGCUUAUCAAAGCGACGACGUGGCAGGGCAAGGGUUCUGUCAAAGUUGGGUUUAUCCCCGACAUGAAAAAGGGCGACAUUCUCGGCCAUGAGUUCUGUGGGAUCGUAGAGCAAGUGGGGCCCGAGAUCAAGAAGGUCAAAAUCGGCCAGCGGGUUGUGGCAUCGUUCUCCAUCGGUUGUGGUCAAUGUAGGUUCUGCAAGCAGAAACUGUCCACGGCCUGUGAACGGACAAACGGGAGUACUCUUGAAAAUGCGCUUUAUGGCAAGCGGACAUCUGGCUUCUUCGGAUAUUCCCACUUGACGGCUGGGUUUGCCGGUGGCCAGGCGGAAUACGUCCGUGUCCCGUAUGGAGACUUCAAUCUUCUGCAUCUUCCAGAUGAUGUCCCUGAUGAGAAGGGUCUGUAUCUAUCCGAUACCCUGUGUACCUCAUGGCACUGUGUGACAGAUACUGGCGUUGAGAAGGGCGACGUCGUGGCCGUCUGGGGUGCCGGCCCGAUUGGGCAGAUGGCGGCCGAGUUCUGUCUCUACCACGGUGCCAGCAGAGUGAUUCUCAUUGAUGGCGGAGAGGCAGCAUGGCGAUUGGAUUUCGUGAAGUCCAAGAAACCCAAGAUCGAGACCCUCGACUUUACGAAACUCCCCAAGGGAGAAUCGGUCAGUUCACAGCUGAAGAAGAUGGUCCAGGGAGGACCAGAUGUGUGUCUGGAUUGCACUUCCGGCGAGUAUGCCAAGGGAUGGAUGCACUACUUCGAGAGCCUCCUGGGCAUGGAAACGGACACUUCUGAGAUGUUGAACGAGAUGAUCAUUUCCAUUCGGCCGUUCGGACGGAUUGGUGUGACGGGUGUAUAUGCUGGCUAUACGAACCACUUCAAUAUCGGUGCUGUCAUGCAACUCGGUAUCCGACUCAUCGCCAACGGCCAGUGCCCCGUGCACAGAUACUGGGAGCAUCUACUUGACCUCAUCCGCAAGGGCGAUAUUGAACCUCUUGACAUGGUUACCCACCGUGUUCGACUCGAAGAGAUGGCAAAGUUGUACGACUUGUUUUCGAAGCGGAAGAUGGGUAUGCAGAAGGUGUUUGUUGAGACAAGGAACUCGGCAGCUCCUACACCUGGUACGCCGCAGCUGAUAGAACUGUGAGAGGCUUCUGAAGCCGUCUAUUGUGAUGAAGAAAACAUCUGUAUUGCUUUAGCUUCACUACUGCACAGUGUAACAAAGCAGGAUUUUUGGAAUAUGGUCUGCCGAAACAAACAGAUGGAAU